CCGAGACCCCGAGGAUCAAUCAGCUUCAUCAGCUUAUCGUCCUGUCAAUAAACAGACCCUUGGACGUUCCGUAAACGCGCUAGCUCGCUCGACUGAUUAUCGCGCAGGAAUUGUCACUUUGCUUCCUGCGGUCUUUAACGACACGAGAGGAAAAGCAGCCAGCCAAGAUGCCAGAAACGGAGGAAGAGGGGGGCAUGUCGGUCCGCCUGACGAACGACGACUUCCGGAAGCUCCUGAUGACGCCGAGGGCGUCGGUGCCCUCGGCCACCCCGGCCUCCGUGCCGGGCACGGCGAGGGACGCCAGCGCCAAGACCGCCCAGACGCCCCAGGUGAGCGGCGGCAGCCGGGCGGAGCUGCGCAGGAAGAAGAAGAGCUUCUACGCGAAGCUGAAGAAGCAGGAGGAGGAUAAGAUGGCCGAGCUCGCGGAGAAGUACCGGGAUCGCGCGAGGGAGCGCAGGGACGGCACCAAUCAGGACUACCAGGCGGAGGAUCCCAUGAACAGCGCCAGCGCCUACCGCGCUGUCGCGCCGGACGUCAAGUCCGGCAUGGACGCAGCGGAGCGCAGGAGGCAGAUGAUUCAGCAGUCGAAAUUCUUGGGCGGUGACAUGGAGCACACUCACUUGGUCAAGGGCCUGGAUUACGCUCUUCUGCAAAAGGUUCGCAGCGAGAUCGAGGCGAAAGAAUACGAGCAAGAACAGGAGUUGGAGAAGCUGGUGAAGCCGAAGGAAAAGACAAAGAAGGAGCCGCCUCCUGAGAAGAAGGACGACGAGAUGCAAUUCAAGACGAAGAUCGGCCGGAACGUGUACAAGACCGUGAUGACUAUGAAAUCCAAGCAGAUUGAAAGGAACGAGCUGUUCACGCCGGGUCGCAUGGCAUAUGUGAUCGAGCUGGAUGACGAAAACGCCGACGUCGACAUACCGACGACGCUGAUCAGAAGCAAGGCGGACGUCCCGACGAUCGACAACAUACCGACUCUCACGACCAACGAUAUUGUCAUCAACAAACUGGCACAAAUACUGUCGUACUUGCGCCAGGGUAGCCGGCACAGCAAGAAGGGCAAGAAGCUGAAGGACGGACGCGGUCGUGGCGACGAGCUGAACGACAUAGACGUCCAGCCGCGGCCACUCGCCGCCGACGAGAGCAUUUACGGCGAAAUCGGCGACUACGUGCCGACGGUGGCGAGUAAGAAGGACGGGCAGUCGCGCGAGAAAAAGAAGGGCUCGUAUUUCGACAAGCCCGAGCCGAACUUGGACACCGACGACAAGGCAAACGCGCCGCAAUUGCCGAGCGCUUUGCAGCCGAGCGCGAUUACCGCCGCGGCGACCGCCGUCGCGGAUGGCAACGCGCCGAAAAAGGGCGCCUUGCUCAACAAACUCGCGGCCGAGCCGGAAGGAUACGCCGAGUGUUAUCCGGGCUUGGACGAGAUGCAAGACGCUAUCGACGACUCGGACGACGAGGUGGAUUACACGAAGAUGGACCUGGGUAAUAAGAAGGGCCCGAUAGGGCGCUGGGACUUUGACACGCCCGAGGAAUACAGCGAGUACAUGAAUAAUAAGGAGGCACUGCCUAAGGCAGCCUUCCAGUACGGUGUAAAGAUGGCCGACGGCAGGCGUACCAGAAAGUACAAUAAGGAGAAGAACGAAAAGGCGGAGCUGGACCGUGAGUGGCAAAAGAUUCAGAACAUUAUGAACAAGAGGAAACCGACGACGGCGAUCGACGGCGCAUCCGAAUUCAAAGUACCGCGGUAUUGAACGUUCGAUUAAUAUUUGAGAAACGUUGAUUCGCUUUAAUCAAGAGAGAUUAGCGGUACAUUUUCGUGUAAAAAGACUAGCGCUGCUUAUUGGAUUCACUUGUGUCUAUAUUCUGAACCAGCUUUUAAAAAGAUUCUUUCGCUUUUUUCCAAAUUUUAUCUGCAGAUCUGUUUCGAUUUGUCGCGGAAACGAGGAGAUCUGAAGAAUUUAAAACUCAUCUUAAAUUGCUACGUGUUAAACGUGAAGAAAAAUCGCUUGUCGACAAAAGCGAGUUUUCUGUGUUUUAAAUAUGACAACAUUUGUUCGCGGAAUUUUGGAAUUGUAUCCUUAUCCGCGACCAAGUAGUACGAAUAAAAUUGUUACACAAGCUAUAUAAAGUGGUCCAAAGGGAACCAACUUUAAAUAAGAAAGUUGUAUAUGUUGUACCAUAAGAGUAGCCAUAAAUCAUGUAGACAUGCAUAAAUCUAAUACAAUUACACGUUAAUCUGUAAUAUAGUACAAUAAUCUGUUUUACGAGAUAUUUUUCUUCGAUAACGUUAAAAUACAUGCAUAUGUAGCCGACAUAUAAUAUAUAUUUCGUAUGUAAU